ACAUAAUUGUAUCUGACAAACUUUCUUUUUCCCUGCCCUGUUUUGCAGUAUAUCAACUGUGGGAACUUGGAACAGCUCCUAGACAGUGACCAACACCUACCUUGGACUGUGAGAGUGAAACUGGCGUGUGACAUAGCUAUGGGACUUCGCUACCUUCACUUUAAGGGCAUUUUCCAUCGGGACCUCACAUCUAAGAACUGCCUGAUUAAGAAUGAAGAGAACGGUUACUCUGCUGUGGUGGCUGACUUUGGCCUGGCUGAGAAGAUACCUGACUGUGGGGCAGGGAGUGAGAAGCUGGCAGUGGUGGGCUCACCUUUCUGGAUGGCACCAGAGGUUCUCAGAGAUGAACCCUACAAUGAGAAGGCUGAUGUGUUCUCCUAUGGGAUCAUUCUCUGUGAGAUCAUCGCCCGAAUCCAAGCCGACCCAGACUAUCUGCCUCGGACUGAGAAUUUUGGCCUGGACUAUGACGCCUUCCAGCACAUGGUAGGAGACUGUCCCCCAGACUUCUUGCAGCUCGCUUUCAACUGCUGCAAUAUGGAUCCAAAGCUCCGGCCCCCCUUUGCAGAAAUUGUAAAGACCCUGGAAGAGACUCUGAGCCGCUUGCAGAAGGAAGAACUGGAGAAAGACAGAAAGUCCAUGUCCAUUGCCAAGGGGCUUCUGGAAAAGGGCCCCGGUGUGAAGCGACCCAGCUCCCUGGAUGACAAGAUUCUACCCAAGUCUCCCCGUCCACGUCGCACCAUCUGGUUGUCUCGAAGCCAGUCGGAUAUUUUCACCCACAAACCCCCGCGUGCAGUGAACGUGCUAGACCCCUACUAUGUACCCCAUCGCGGUGGAGGGACCCACAUCCCCAAGAUUAAUCCUUUCAGUGCCCGCCAGGACCUCAAGGGGGGCAAAAUCAAAUUCUUUGACAUGCCCAGCAAGUCAGUCAUCUCUCUAGUGUUUGACCUGGAUGCUCCAGGGCCUGGGGGCUCUGGUGGGGGCAUUAGCCGUCUUCCUGCAGAAUGGCAGGAGCCUGUAGCCCAGCCUCUCCGCCGUUGGCGUUCUUUGCCUAGCUGCCCCGAGUUCCUACAGCAGGAGGUUGGCCCUUUUGGGAUCCGAGAGGAGACCCCCUUUGAGGGUCCCCUGAGGCUACUAAGCAGCCUUAAGUAUGGAGUCACAGAGAUCCCCCCAUUCCGGGGCCCAGCCUCCUCCCAUGCCUCAGAACAAGAAGCUAUGGACUGUUGUUCUUGUACUAUAAGCUCCCAGGAGGAGAACGGCUUUGGGUCCCUGGCCCCAGAGGCUAUGGAAAUCGAGGAUUCUCAGCAAUCCUUGAACCUGUUGCCUAGCCCUGUCCGGGCUGCAGCAGGCAGCAGAGGCAGCCAAGUUCGGCUAGUGUGACGCAUGAACCUGGACAGAGCCAGGGAUUUGGGUUCAGGGGCAACUUCUUACAAAACCUGAGCCUAGGCUCCACCCCUGCCCCAGCUCUGAGCCCUACUGUGUUCUGCCCCUUCUCAGGGAGUGGAGAGCAGAUACAUGGAAGACAUGGAGCUGGCACAACCAGCUGGCCUGCUUCACAGGGAGCCUUCCCUGGCCCCUUAUCACUGGUCCAGAGCUCAGCCUAUCAAACCCAAGGCCCUCUGAACCAGCAUUCUGUUGCCUCACCAAUCCCAGCUAUCUCCUAAUUGUUCUGGGGACCAUUAAGGCCAUCCCUCUCAGCUAAUUCCAAAUGGGCAUCUUUGUUUCCCAGCACAGCUCAGUCAGUUGGGGGUAAGGGGAGGGAGUGCACACUAGACCCUUGGUCUCCUCCUCGGUCCAUGGCAAGAUCUCUGGGGCUAUAAACUCCUUUUGGGAGUCUAGAGCUAAACUUUGAUGCAGAUGGACAAACCAGCAAUGGCAGGAGGUGAGAGGGCUGAGUUUCCCACCUAAGGACAUGGACACUUCUUGCCAGUACAUGACACUUGAAUUUCAAAUCUCUCAUUUGCACUUACUGCUCCAGUCCUACUGUCCCCAAGGUUGAUUCUAUGCAAAAGGGGAG